AUGGCCGCUUCCAACUCAGCUAGGCGGUUUGCGCCUCUGAAAGUCGAAAGCUCUUCUGAUGCUCCCAAGCUGCGCGGCGUGGUCUUUGACAUGGACGGAACCCUCUGUGAGCCGCAAAACUACAUGUUUGGCGAGAUGCGCGCCGUCCUUGGCAUCACCAAGGCCGUCGACAUCAUCGACCACAUUAACUCCCUCCCUGCCGCGGAGCAGGCCGCCGCGCACGCCGCCAUCCAAAACAUUGAGCGCACCGCCAUGGCCAAGCAGACGCCGCAGCCGGGCCUCGACACCCUCAUGCAGUACCUCGACGCGCGCGGCGUCCCCAAGGCCAUCUGCACGCGCAACUUCAACGUCCCCGUCGACCACCUCCUCGGCAAGUUCCUCGCGUACACGACUUUUGCGCCCGUCAUCACGCGCGACUUUCAGCCGCCGAAGCCAUCGCCCGCGGGCAUUCUGCACAUCUCGAAGCAGUGGGCGCUGCUGCGGCAGCAGCAGGAGGAGGAGAAUGCCGAGGAUGCAACGGGGCUGAUCAUGGUGGGCGACUCCAUCGACGACAUGACGGCAGGUAGGGCAGCAGGCGCGGCGACGGUCCUGCUGGUCAAUGAUGCGAAUAAGGAGCUUGCCGAGCACGCGCACACCGAUCUUGUCAUCAGCCGCCUCGACGAGCUUGUGGAGAUUCUCGAAAACGGCUUCCUGGGCCGCAGUAUUGGCAACUAG